GACGCAAACGGGGCGUGUCGAGCCUCUUGGUGGGCGGGGCUUGUCUGCGCCAGGAGAAGUUCAGGGCGGGAGGCGGAAGUGCUGGCUCUGGGCACUUUGGUGGCUUCCCUACCGGAUUCCAUGUGGCUGCCUCCCAAGCAUAAACUGAAAUUCGGCAAGUUAAACGCAGGACAAGUGUGAUUUCCACCCGUGACGAGGUGAGGAAGUUGAGGCUUUACCACGCUAACUCAUCACUACUGCUGCUUUGAUUGGACUUCCUGUGGAUGUACUGUGGCCAUCUAGUGGCCUCAGGAAUAUGGUGAUGUUACCUAGGGAAGGUACUUACUGCAGAAAACAUCAUACCUUAAGAAGAGGAUAAGAAUGAAAUAUACAGAUGUGCUACUUAAAGGUUGAAGAAAUAUGGACACCAACACCAAACUGAUCUUCAGCACUGUUUUUACCAGCUUUCUCACCUUUCAGCUUCUUUUCUACUUUAUAAGUUUCUGGUUUUCAGCAAAAGUUUCUCCAGGUUUUAAUAGUCUCAGCUUUGAGAAGAAGAUUGAAUGGAACUCAAGGGUAGGAUCUACAUGCCAUUCUUUGGUGGUUGGGCUUUUUGGCCUGUACAUUUUGAUUUUUGAUGAGGUUGCAAAGGCUGAUCCACUUUGGGGUGAUUCAUCGCUUGUGAAAGUGAAUAUCUCUAUUGCUUCCGGCUACCUCAUUUCUGAUUUGUUGAUUCUCAUUUUGUAUUGGAAAGUGAUUGGUGACAAAUAUUUUAUAAUUCACCAUUGUACAGCGCUGUAUGCAUACCACUUUGUACUGGGGGAUGGAGUCCUGGCAUACAUUGGGAAUUUUCGCCUGCUUGCAGAACUUUCCAGCCCUUUUGUGAAUCAGCGGUGGUUCUUUGAAGCUCUGAAGUAUCCUAAGUUUUCCAAGGCUAACGUCAUCAAUGGAAUACUCAUGACAGUGGUGUUCUUCAUCGUACGGAUUGUCUCAAUACCUCCUUUUUAUGGUUACAUGUAUUCCGUGAUCGGAACAGAAGACUACAUAAGGCUUGGAUUUUUAAUCCAAUGUUCCUGGAUCUUUACUUGUGCUAUUUUGGAUGGGAUGAAUGUCAUGUGGAUGAUCAAAAUUACAAAGGGUUGCAUCAAAGUCAUCUCUCUCCUCAGACAAGAGAAAGCCAAAAGUAGUCUUCAGAAUGGAAAACUUGACUAAAGGUGGGCUACUGAUAAGCAUACUUCCAUACUGUCCACGUUAUAUCUACUGAUAGGAUGAAUUCUUAGCAUGUUCUUGUACUUCUUAUUAAUUAUAUUUGUUAUCGAGGGUUUCAGUGCUUUUUUUUUUUUAACCUUUAGAAAAGAGAAACUAAAACUUAGUUGUUAUUCCAAGAUUUCUGAUUUUCUUCUGCAUUAUAAGCAUGGAUAAAAUCUUAAAGGUUUAAAUAAAAAAUUAUAAAUAUAGUGGUGAAUCUUUUCAGAAAUCUGUUAACCUGCAUUGGUAUUUUUCUCUGUGAAAAGAUGACUAUGCUAAUUGGGUGCACUUGGUUUUAUGUCACCAAUUUUGCUGAAAGAAUGGGAACUGCUUUUAAAUUUGUAAAUAGCUCUCAACACUUUGUUGUACUGCACUCAUUUCUUACUGUGGCUGUCAAUACCCGUUUAGGGUUUAAUUUCUAAAUUGUUGAAAUGUUCUUUUCUUAGGCUAUUAGAAAUGAUGUAUUUUUUGUUUAGAUAUGCUAUCAUUUAUGAAUGAUAAAGUAUUUUGCUUACUUUGGGAAUAAUUAGUUCAGUCAUGGAAAAUACUUCUUUAAUUUUUAGAUUUUUCAGACAUCACUUUAUUAUUUCUAUUUUUAACAUUUUAUCAAAGUACUGCUUUUUUAUUUGUAGUAAGACUUAAGACAAAUCUUACAGAGCUCCUUAAGAGAUGAAUUCCUCUUUCUAAAAGCAUGUUAUAGAUGACUAAUAGGUCAUUUUUAGGCUAAUAGGAGGAAUCAUUAAGAAAAAAGCUUUAACACUGCUGUCUCUGUUUCCCUUGCACUUUUUCCAUGAAAAAUAUAUUAUUUCUAUUUGUAAAACCUCCCGUAGGUUCAGAACCCAACAUCAUCAGUACCAAAGUGUUAAUGCAGUAUAUAUUUGUCAUGCUCCUAAUAGGACGUAGGCCUCUUCUUAAUGAGACCAAAACUCCAAAAAAUCAGUAUUCACAUUUUAGUCACAGUUUACACCUAUGCUUGCUUAACCAGCAUUUUGAGUGCUUUGAAUUUCUGUCUUUCCUGAAGGACAGGAAAAAAAAAAUAGAUAAUUUAAUCUAAGUAUUCCGAUUAUUAAUACCCUUGUCUCACGUGAUGAUAAAUUUAUGGCUGGUGACUCUGGUUUUUUGGUUUUGGGUUUUUUUGUGUAUGUGUAAGUAUAUGUUUGCUUUUUCUUUGGUUCUUACAACCCCAAUAUAGAAUUAUAUAAUUAGCUAUUAUUGCCUUUAUUUAUUUUUCUCAAGUACUUGAUUUUAAUGAUUGUUCUUGCCUAAGAAAGAAAGAAAUUUAAUCAGUGACGGCUGCUUGAGUUUAAUUGAACCCAAACUAAAAGAUCUAAUCCACUCAGUUUCUUAGUUGGCAGGAGAAUGACUCACUUUCAUUGUCCAUGUUAUGAUGGUGAAGGGAGGCUGGCUGGCUAGAUCAGACUUUGAUUUGAUUUGAUCUGGCUGUCUAAUGCAGAGAGAGCCUGAGAAGUUUUAGAACAUUUACAGAAGGUAAUUGAAAUCUCGGUCAAUAACUCAGUGAGAAAAUCAAAUUGAUUGGCUUAUAGUAGGUACACUUAUUUUUGAAAGACUUAAUUAAAGUAAUGUAAAGUAUAGGUAUUUGUUUUUUGGUUUUUGGUUUUUUUUUUAAAGAUUUUAUUUAUUUAUUUGAGAGAGAGAGAAUGAGAGACAGAGAGCAUGAGAGGGGGUAGGGUCAGAGGGAGAAGCAGGCUCCCCGCUGAGCGGGGAGCCUGAUGCAGGACUCGAUCCCGGGACUCCAGGAUCAUGACCUGAGCUGAAGGCAGUCGUUUAACCAACUGAGCCACCCAGGCGCCCUGGUAUUUGUUUUUAAAGCUAAUAUUACAUUGAUAAUUUGUUACCAAAUUUAGUGCCUUUGACAUCAUAGGCACUUAAGUGCAUAUUGGUUGUUGAGAGGGGGUAGGAAAGCACAUGGUUUUAUCUUGUUCUUUUCUUGCUCUUUUGCAAGAAAACUGGAUUUUUAAAAGGAAAACAUUUAUAUUAGAAAACUAUUUUGGAAAUUACUUUAAAAAAAACAAAACUUGAAAUAAAUAUUUUUGACUCUUGGGAUAUUUCUAUAGUUUCUGAACACAGAUUUUAAACCCACCAUCAAAAUGAAGACAAUAUAAAGCAAUAUAUUGCAGUGUAUUGUAAUAUAAAACUCACUAAUCAGUGAGUUUCCAUAUAGCAGUUUCAGUUUUUGUAGUUGCUAUUUCAUGCUUAAAACUUUUUUACUUUCAUUGACAGCAUUUUCAUUAGUAUAGCUGUUCACAAAACAAAUGUUUAAAAUAUCAAUGCUUUGAACUAAAGUUCAUUAAUCCCUUAGUCAGCAAUUCUUAUUUUAUGCUGACUGCAUGACAGCUAAUUCAACAUCGACAUUCAAUAUCCAGAAGUAGAAGCUACAUAUUUCCUUGUACAACAUGCAUGAAAUGGAAAAGACACUACAAACUGCCAUACUACUUUAAGUCAGAUCUUUAUAGGAGCUAUAUUUCACUGUUCUGUGAUUAUAUCCACCUACCUAAGAUACAAGGAGUUAAAGACAUAACAUAUCAUUUAUUCCGUGAUGAAUUUAUCAUUUAUUAAAUGACAAACUUUUGCUAGACAUUUUUCAUAUUAAGUAUUUUGACUACCUGGAUUAAUUUAAAUGAUUCUAUUAGGCAUUUUGAAUUUAACAACUAUUAAAAUAUUUGUAGAAAAUUAAAGCAAAUUGGUGUAAAUUUUUAAGCAACUCUAUUUUUAUAGAAAAAGAUUAGUGACAACCUGUAACUAUAAAGAUGUUCUUUGAAUGUGUAGUAGUCUAAAAAAUAGAAAUUCUUACAAAAUUUUGAAAGUGAAUGAAAAUCAACUAAAUAGCAUGCAAGAUCAUAGACUCUGCAUCUGAUAUUUUAUUUGGGAGAAUUUGAAAAUUAUGAGCUUGAAUUUGUACAAUUUGCAUUCUUGUGUCUGAAAUCUUUCCAGUGGGUAUUGUUUGUAUUUAUUUAAAACUCAAAAUGGAGUUACAUAUGAGUGCAAAGAAACUAACUCCUGCAUAAGUUGAUACCUUAUAGUAAGUUAAGAUGCAAUCUUUAUUCCAACUGUUUAGUUUUGUUGUUUCAUGGCUAGUGCUAUGUUUAGAGAAGUAAUAAUGUCUUUACCAUUCCUAAGGGUGACUGACAUACCAUGGAUGCCGCAGUACUAUUGUAAAGGUCUAGUUUUAUUUUUAUUUUUAUUUUUUAUUUAUUUGCGAGAGAGAGAAUGAGAGACAGAGAGCAUGGGAGGGAGGAGGGUCAGAGGGAGAAGCAGACUCCCUGCCGAGCAGGGAGCCCGAUCCCGGGACUCCAGGAUCAUGACCUGAGCUGAAGGCAGUCGCUUAACCAACUGAGCCACCCAGGCGCCCUUUAAAGGUCUAGUUUUAAAAACUGCCUCAUUUAUAGGUGUUUGAAUCAAAUUCUUUUCUAAAUUUUAAUCUAUUUAACUCAACUUUUUGCUAAAGUGUCGGUUUUUAAAUUGUACACUCUGUGAGGUGCAUUGGGUGUUUGCAGAAUGGUUCUUCACGGUUGUAAAGGACCAGCUUUAUGGUUGGUUACACGAUUUGUCAUCAUGCAUUGAUGACAAACAGUCUUGUCGUGGAGAUACCUAGGGGAAAGUGUUGUAAUAUUCAUGUUUGUUCUGUUAAGUUUUUAAGGGAAAUAAACAUGUUCCAAAAGGCACUAUUAAAAUAAAUGUUUGAAUAAAUUUCAGUUUUUAGGUUACUCUUAACUCCAAUAUGGAAGUAUGCAUACAAAUUGGCUUUCAGUGGUUUAGUCUGUUGCUUGAAAUUGAGAAGUCCAUGUAAUUGUUGACAUCAUCAGUUACACUUCAUGGAAGACUAUGUAUUUGUGUGUCUUGGGUUCCAGAAGAAGCAAACUCAUAUAAUUUUAGCAGAAAUGUGGCACAGUGUUUCUCCGCACAUACGAACCAGCACAGCAGUGAGACCCCUCCUGUGUCUAGAAACCCUGGGCACACACACAAACCUCCCAGCCUUAACCACAGCUUGGUUGACAACAGGCACACUAAAGCUACUGUAAGGGAUUUUUCACAUGAAGCACGUGGGGUAUGUGUGAGAACAAUGAGAAGCCAGUAAGACCUGGAGUUGGAGACACUGCGACUGAUUUUCCCUUAAAAGGCAUAAUGCCCCUCCCUCAUCUAGAACUUUUUCUCUGAAUCCUUCCAGCCCUUCCAACUCAUCCUCCUAAUGCCCUUAAGACUUUACCAGCACCUCCAUCCCUUAUGCUAGCACCUUUCAACAUCAACUUUUGAGGCUUCCCCAUACCCAUAAGCUUUCUGGUCUAUUGCAGCAAACUUCAGAGUUUUCAAGUAUGUUCUUCCAUUGAAAAAAAAAAAAAAGCAUUGCAGUAAGUUUAAGUAGAGGUCAGCAAACCAUAAUUGCUAAGAGGCUAUCGGAAGCCA